AUGGGGGGUCUAUUUAGUAAAAGUAAAAAGCCUGUCAGUAGGGUAACCGAACAAGACAAAGCUGUUUUACAACUUAAACAGCAAAGAGAUAAGUUAAAACAAUACCAGAAGAAAAUAGAAUUAAAUUUGGAAAGAGACCGAAAGUUAGCUAAAAAACUCUUGGCGGAAGAUAAACGUGAUAGGGCAAAAUUAUUGCUGAAGAAAAAGAAAUAUCAGGAAAACCUUUUAAAGAAUACUGACAUCCAACUAGAAAAGCUAGAGCAACUUACACAUGAUUUAGAGUUUGCUCAGAUUGAAGUACAGGUUCUUGAUGGCUUAAAAACGGGUAAUGAAGCUCUAAAGAAGGUUCAUGAAAUUCUAAAUAUAGAUGAAAUAGAAAAGAUAUUGGAUGAAACAAAGGAGGGUAUAGAGAAACAAAAAGAAAUAGAUGAUUUAAUAUCAGGCCAGUUAAGUCAGGAGGAUGAAGAAGAUAUUGAAGCUGAGCUUGAAUCUAUUCUUGAUGUUAAGGAUAAAUUACCUGAUGUGCCCAUGGAUACACUCCCAGAAGAUGUUGAAGAAGAAACUCCUGAAAGACCUCAAAGGGUUAAAGCUAAAAGAAUUGCAGUUGAAGCUUGA